GGCACAUGUGCGAUGGCCAAGGUGGCUGACACGCAAGCCGCUAUCCUAGCAGUCGCUGCGCAGAGACAGCAGUAUGCCGUGUGCUGGAGCCGAGCUCCCUUUCUCCUGAGCCUGAUCAUGCUACUCAACCUCGUAGCCAUGCCAUUGAAAGCUUACGUGACCGAGUUCUUGCCGUGGACGUACAUGCCACCGCCGGCACCACUCGCCUCGACCAACUUUACGCUCUUCAACGCGUCGACACUGGAGCUUCUUCAAAGACUAUACAACCGGAGUACGCUGCCUCUGCAUGCGACAUACCAUGAAGACGCAACGGGGUACGUGCUCCGAAAAACGAUCAAACCGCGCAUCACGAGUCUCGAUGCGUGUGCCUCUGAAGUCAUUCCGGGCCUGCCCGGCGCGAUCUUCUAUGGCCCGUCCUUUUCGCGACUAAUUUGUGCGAUGGCCAUGACCGAAAAUGGCACUGCGUGGGACGGCCGUGGUAGCUGUAUGGACCAAACGUUCUUUGCGCAGCCGUGGAUCUACCAAUGUCUUUGGCUCACGGGCGGCGACGACCUUGCACUCAACGCUUCGGCGCCCGGGUAUACGCUCACGUACGCAGCCCGUCCGUACCCGAUGGCACUAUGGUGCUCCGCCAAGUUUGUUUACCGGGCGAUCACAACCGUGUAUAUCGCGCGACUUGUCUGGACGCGCUACUACGUACACUGCACCGCGCUCGCAUCUUCAUUGGCCGUCAUGGGACACCGACCGUUUGAGGUCAAAAACUCGGCUUCUCUCUGGCGCUAUGAGGUUGUGCUGGGGGACCCCACGGCGAUGGUGCUAACAGACCCUCUUGUCGCCUUCUUGCUUUGUGUCGACAUUGGCGCGAGCUACGACACAUUGACGUUCGCUGUGCUUCGAGCCUCGCAGAGCGCAGACAUUUAUGUCAUGUUGAUUGCAUUUCUGUACCUCUCUCGCACCGUCUGGGUGCCGUACUUGGCCGUCGCGACGACGACGCUCGUCGUGAAGCGGUACCACAAGGAACACACGUUUGCUCAAAUCGACCCGACGGCGCUGGCCAUUGAAACAGCGAUGUAUGGGCCGGCGCUCACGUGGUGCAUGGGCAACGUCUCUAUCCUCUUGCAGUUGUACCAGUACCUCGGUCGCGCUGUGGUCCCAACGUCGGACCAAGACGCCAAGUUUGAAGCUGUGCCCGAUGUCGCCGUUUAUUUUGUCUCGCUCGCGUCGUUGCCACUAGUUUAUGGUUUUGGUCGCGCACGCUGGCGCCGGGCCAUGAUAACGCCAUCGGCAGCGUACGCCAGCUUUCGCUACAAUCCGUGGAAGAACCGAGCUCUCUUGGCGUUUGUGGGGUGCAUUGAUCCGCAAUUUCGAUCCCCGCACUCGAUGGCCGAGCGCGGCGGAUCUGUCUACGCCCUUUUUGAAGCCAAUCGGCAGUACGAGAGGUGCCCCGGCAUCAGCUUCCGCGCGACCGACUGCUUUGUCUUGUGCUAUCGAGACGGCAUUCUCAGGGAGCGCUUGCGGCUCACGCUCUUGUCGACGCUCGAUCGACACAAAGGCGAUGCUUUGCUCGCUGUUCCAAGCAGCGCCGUUCCAUCCUUAUACUGCGUCAACACACUGGAAGUCGCGACAUUGGAAACGUCAACCGUCGAGCAGAGCAGCAAUGGUCCUGGCGUCUCGCAUGCCAUUCACCUUUCGCCACAACCUUCUCCGUGGUGCCUCUAAUAAGUUGCGGUGUAAGUGCGCCUCUCGCUGCCUUGGUUGAUCUCCCUGUGUGCAACCCAGCUUGGCAAGAGCGCGCCACGUCAUACCUUCGUAAUAUAAUACCCUACACCUCCGAAAUCGAAUAUCUGCAGUGGCUCCA